GCGUCGUUCCCUUGCGGCAGAAUAUUGGUGGUGGUGCCGCCGCCGCUACCGCCGCUGUUUCUUCGCUGACACGCCGUGCGGACACCUUCUCUGAGCUCGCUCGCUCGCCACGCUCCCACUCCUACUCUAUAAACAGGAAAGAGAGCGAGGGAGGGAGGGAGAGUGGGCGGACGACCGUGAGAGACGGGGGAGAAAAGGAGGAACAGCAGCAUUUCCAUCUCCCUUGUGCAGUCGCCUCUUCGUCAUAAUCAUUCAAAUGGCCGCUUCUUCCAGGAUUUGGGCUUCGAGGGCUGCUUCGUUCCUCAGACUCUCACGCCCUUCCUCUGCUUCUCCUUCUCCCUUCUUCUUUUGCUACAGAUCCUUCUCCUCCGUUGUGAAGGACUUGAUGUAUGCAGACUCUCAUGAGUGGGUUAAAGUGGAUGGCUCUUUGGGUACUGUUGGGAUAACUGAUCAUGCUCAGGAUCACUUGGGUGAUGUUGUAUAUGUUGAAUUGCCUGAAGUUGGAGUAACUGUAAAGCAAGGAGCUAGCUUUGGUGCCGUUGAGAGUGUGAAGGCAACUAGUGAUAUCAACUCUCCUGUCUCAGGAAAAGUAGUAGAAGUCAAUGAAGAACUUGGAAGCUCCCCAGGGUUGGUCAAUGCUAGUCCUUACGAGAACGGUUGGAUUAUAAAAGUAGAGAUGGCUGAUCAAGGCGAACUUAAAUCCCUGAUGGAUUCAGAUAAGUACACUAAGUUCUGUGAGGAAGAGGACUCAAAGCACUAAGAGCAGUCACGUUGCUUUCAUGACUUCGCUGAAGUAAAACAUUUAUGUGUGAUGUUAAUCACAGUGCUCAGUCGAAUACUUCUGGAAGUCCUUAACUUUUUGGGUGACAAAUGUGUUCCACAUUGCCAGAUGUCAAAAUCCCUUGAAAAUUUCCUGCUUUGUCCCUACCGGAGCGCCAUGUUUUCUGCAUAAGUAUGCAACCGUGCUGUAGUUUGUAGGUUUCCUUCUUUUCACCACUUAACGGUUGUAUCCUUAGUUUUUCAUAGUUUGCUAUGGAAUAAACAGUUUAGUAAUUGGCUAUAAUACUAGUCUUUCAUUUGAAAA